AUGAUUAGAAGGAAUGAAAUAAGUCAUAUUGGAGAAACACCUUAUGAAUAUACUCAGUGUGAUCAAGCCUUUGUACAUAACGCUAGUCUUCAAAAUUAUGAAAGCAUUCCUACUGGAGAAAAACUGUAUGAAUGUAAUCGAUGUGGUAAAUCCUUUGUAUGGCACAGUACUCUUAAAAAUCAUGAAGGACAGCAUACUGGAGAAAACCCCUAUGAAUGUAUUCAGUGUAGUACAGAUUUCAGUCAUCUUCAAAGGCAAGAAAAAAUUCAUACUGCAGAGAAACCCUAUGAAUGUAGUCAAUGUGGUAAAACCUUUUCACAUCACAGUCAUCUUCAAAAGCAUGAAAGAGUUCAUACUGGAGAGAAACCCUAUGAAUGUAAUCAAUGUGAUAAAUCCUUCGCAUGUCUCAGUGUGCUUAAAAGGCAUGAAAGAGUUCAUACUGGAGAAAAACCCUAUGAAUGUACUCAAUGUGGUAAAGCCUUUGCUCGUCUCAGUCAUCUUAAAAGGCAUGAAAGAAUCCAUAAUGGAGAGAAACCUUAUAAAUGUACUCAAUGUGGUAAAGCCUUUGCAUAUCACAAUAGCCUUCAAAAGCAUGAAAGAACUCAUACUGGAGAGAAACCCUAUGGAUGUAGUCAAUGUGGCAAAACCUUUGCCUAUCUGACUAGUCUUCAAAAUCAUGAAAGAAUUCAUAGUGGAGAGAAACCCUAUGAAUGUAAUCAAUGCGGUAAAGCCUUUGCACGUCUCAGUCAUCUUCAGAUGCAUGAAAGAAUUCAUAGUGGAGAGAAACCCUAUGAAUGUAAUCAAUGUGGUCAAGCCUUUGCACAUCACAACAGUCUUCAAUAUCAUGAAAGAACACACACUGGAGAGAAACCCUAUGAGUGUAGUCAAUGUGGUAAAGCCUUUGUAAGUCACAGUACUCUUAAAAGUCAUGAAAGAAUUCAUACUGGAGAGAAGCCCUAUGAAUGUAGUCAAUGUGGUAAAGUCUUUGUAAGACACAGUACUCUUAAAAGUCAUGAAAGAAUUCAUACUGGAGAGAAGCCCUAUGAAUGUAUUGAAUGUGGUAAAGCCUUUGCACAACACGUUCAACUUCAUAGGCAUGUAAGAAGUCAUACAGAAGAGAAACCUCAUGAAUGUAUUGAACCUGGUAAAGCCUUUGAGGGUCACAUUCUUCUUCAAAAGCACGAAAGAAUUCAUAUCGGGGAGAACCAGUAUGAAUGUAAUCGAUGUGGUAAAGCAUUUUCACAAGAAAGUCAUCUCUAAAAACAUGAAAAAA